AUGGCGACGCCGACUUCCUCGCGCGCACCUUCCGAUGCGCAACCUUCGGAGAACGGCCAGUCCCUCAACGCGCGCCGCACCUCGCUCGGCUUCCUUCGUCGUUCCAAAUCCACCGAACCCCUCGGCGAACGCAAAGUCUCCGGCUCCCGCAAGAAAAUGUCCAAGGCCCAGGCCAUGGAGGAGGAAAUGCGCCGUCAGCGCGAGUCCUACGCCCCCAAGAUCGCCCCGCGCUUGCCCGAUCUGUCGCCUGCCCCCCAGCUCGAGACCUUUGGAGGCGAAGAGCGCGAUACCCUGGGCGCGCCGCCGCCGAUGCCUCGUCCCCAGUCUGGCUUUGCGGCCCCUCCCUCCGCCAUCGAGCCCAUCGAUCCCUAUGCUCGCACCGAAAGCAUGACCCAUCGCGGCCGCUACAGCUACGCCAGCAGUGCCGUCAGCACGGUCAACAGUCCCCGCCGGGUCCGCCGUCGCAAGGACCCCACUCCAUACAAUGUUCUGGUCGUGGGAGCCCGUAACUCCGGCAAGACCUCGUUCCUCAACUUUCUCCGCAAGUCGUUGACGAUGCCCCCGCAUAAGCACCCCUCACGCACCCCCGAAGAGCUGGAGGAGCUGGAGAGCCAGACCUCCGCCUACGAAGGAUUCACCUCGCAGUACCUGGAGACCGAGAUCGACGGCGAGCGGGUCGGGCUGACCCUCUGGGACUCCAACGGUCUGGAGCGCAACAUUGCGGACCUGCAGAUGCGCGCCGUGACCGGGUUCCUGGAGAGCAAGUUCGAGGAGACCCUCGCGGAGGAGAUGAAGGUGGUGCGCUCCCCCGGUGCCCGUGACACCCACAUCCAUUGCACGUUCUUGCUCUUGGACCCCGUCCGUCUGGACGAGAACAUUGCUGCGGCGGAGCGCGCCGCCAAUGGCACCCCGAAGGCCACCGAUAGCCCUGUUCUGGGCGUCCUGGACCAGAACCUGGAUCUGCAGGUGCUGCGCACCAUCCUGGGCAAGACUACUGUGGUCCCGGUCAUCAGCAAGGCCGACACCAUUACCUCCGUCCACAUGGAAUACCUUCGCAAGGCGGUCUGGAACAGCCUGAAGAAGGCCAACAUCGACCCGCUCGAAAUCCUGACUCUGGAGGGCGAAGAGGACGAGUACACCUCAUCGGAGAGCGCGGACGAGGCCUCUCUGGGCGAGCAGGAGGAGACCGCCGCUGCCGAACCGCCGACCACCUCCGACGCCAGCGCCAACCCCGAGACCGAGGCUGAAACCCAGGAGGAGGCCUCCGCCGUGCCAGUCCCCAAGUCGCCGUCGCAGCGCAGUGCCAGCACGCGUGCCUCGCAGCAGACGGUCAACCCGCACGUCCCCUUCUCGAUCCUGUCGCCGGACCCGCACUCGCUGGCGUCGGGCGAAGAGCCGAUCGGCCGGCGCUUCCCUUGGGGCUUCGCGGACCCGUACAACGCGGAGCACUGCGACUUUGUGCGCCUGAAGGACUCUGUGUUCAGCGAGUGGCGGUCGGAACUGCGCGAGGCCAGUCGCGUGGUGUGGUACGAACGUUGGCGCACCAACCGACUCAACCGCAACGGGCAGCCGGCGCGGCCUGCGCAGGCCAAGUCGUAUGGCGGUCGCACGGGACCGAGUUCCUAUGAUGGGCGUCGCACGCGAUGA